UGCGUACUGCUCUAAACAUGUAUCCUUCAGUCGAUGGUCGCCCUAGUAUCCUUGCUGUCUUACCUCUUUCCCUUGUUGUCUUCAUAGCCCUCAGGCGGUUCACAAAGAACCGACGGAACAAACUUUGCUUUCCUCCUGGCCCGGUACCCCUCCCACUGGUAGGAAACGUCUUAUCUAUCGACAGCAAGGAACCUUGGCUGUCGUAUACCGAAUUGGGUGCUGCCUAUGGUGACUUGAUUUUCGUGCGGCUUCUGGGCCAGGAAGUCGUAUCAAUCAAUUCCCAGCACAUCGCAGAAGCUUUGUUGGAUAAGCGGUCCGAGAUUUACUCUGAUCGACCAUACAUAGCCACAGCCGAACAAUUUGGUUGGUCCGCGAUCACCUUUGCAUUUACAGGUUAUGGUGACGAAUGGCGUCUUUCUCGGAGACUCUUCCACCAAGCUUUCCGUGCUAACUCUGCACUCAAGGUUCGCCCGAUGCAGAUCAGCCGGGCUCGUGAAAUGAUUGUCAACCUAAUCGAUGACCCUAAACACUAUCAUUCUCACUUCGCAACGUUCUCGUCAUCAGUUGGGAUGUCUGUCAUAUAUGACUACCAACCCAGCACUCGCGAUGAUCCUCUGGUUCGAAUCUUGGAAGAUACAGUAGCUGUUGGACUUGAGAUGACGACCCCAGAGAGGACAAUCUUGCUUCAACUCUUCCCCUUCUUACUGAAGUUACCUGAUUGGUGCUGGGGAUCCUCCAUCAAACGCGCUGCUCAAAUUUCGACCAGUUGUAUGGAAAAAAUGAGGGACUUGCCGUUUCAAUCUAUGGAGCAGCAUACGGCUGGAAGCUCGUUCCUCGGCCAGUCUUCGAUGGUUACAGAAAGUUUGCAACAGAUGGAGAAGCAAGACGAGGCAUAUAAGCCAAUGUUCGAGGUUGCCUUGAAGAGAGCAGCUGCAGCUGGUGUUAUGCAGUCAUAUGAAACGACCACGUCGACCUUAAUGGUUUUUGUUCUCGCUAUGGUAUUGCAUCCAGAGGUUCAGAGACGCGCACAAGCAGAAAUAGACUCGGUGAUCGGAAGAGAUCGAUUGCCUGUGUUUGAGGACAGAACAUCACUACCCUAUGUUGAAUCGAUUCUACGGGAGACUUUUCGAUGGCACCCCAUUCUACCCCUUGGUGUUCCACAUGCCACCUCGAGCGAUGAUACAUACAAUGGUUAUUUCAUUCCGAAAGGAACGACUGUCAUGUGUAACAUCUGGGCUAUUUCACGGGACGAAAAACGGUAUCCGAAUGCAUCUCAUUUUAUCCCGGAGAGAUUCCUAGAUGUUAACGGCGCGUUAACUGAUGAUGACCCAGCGGGAUACGUUUUUGGCUUAGGCCGGCGCGCAUGUCCAGGACGGUAUGCCGGUGAUGCCUCUGUGUGGUCUGCAAUAGCGACCAUGUUAGCCACGGUGGACUUUUCCUUUGCCAAGGAUGACAAUGGCAAAGUGAUCGAUUUCACCCCUCAAUUCAACCCGGGACUCGUUCGCUCCUUGAUGAACUUCCCUUGCAAUAUUACACUACGUUCUCAUGUGACCCCAGGACUCGAGGAUUUCAUCUGAUCCGGAUUAUGACAUGUAUACAAGAACUCGUUUGGAUUUCCUUGCAAUGUGCAGUUCAUGGGACGCUGUACCAGGGUGGUCUGGCACAGGUUGUUUGAAGUGCGGAGCAGUAGUCCCACGCCGUGUUGUUGAUAGAUACAACCGUAGCCUCCCGUUAUAGAGGUUUGACCUUGGAUUCCCUUUGUAGUCUGUCCCCGGUCCAACGCUGAAGUCCAUGGAUUGAAGCUCAAACCUAAACGAAAGAAGUGAACGCGUAUGCUAUGCACCAUAUAUUCAGUUAUACUCGUCUGUAUGUGCCAUGAUUGAUUUGGGGUACCAUAUCCAUAUUCACAUGAUGUACCCAGCUAUAUGACUCGAACGUACCCACCCUCAAAAACGUGGAGUUGGAAGUUCGAUAUCGUG